AUGAAGACCGAAGAGCAAACCACCGAAGAGGCGGCGCGCCGUGCGCCUGCCACACGCCGCCAAGAAAAACCACCAUUUUCCUACAUAGCCCUUAUCGUCAUGGCAAUACGACAUUCACCAAAUAAGCGUCUAACGCUAAGCGAAAUUUAUGCCUUUCUACAGCAGCAAUUUCCUUUUUUUCGUAGUUCUUAUCAAGGCUGGAAGAAUUCGGUUCGGCACAAUCUUAGCCUUAACGAGUGCUUUGUCAAGCUUCCAAAAGGGCUGGGGAGACCAGGAAAAGGCCAUUAUUGGACAAUCGAUCCUUCAUCGGAAUUUAUGUUUGAGGAAGGUUCUUUUAGGCGACGUCCUCGCGGCUUUAGACGUAAAUGUCAGGCUCUCAAACCACAAUUUGGAGGUGGAGGUUAUUUAUGCGGCACUGGGGCUGGCGCACUUCCUCCAACACAACCUGCAAAUUAUGAGCUGGCCGGCGGUAGCGGUCCAAGCGCAAGUACAACAACAUCCGUAGAUUAUGGCGCCUGUGCAUAUCCGCAUUCGAGUGCCAGCCAGCAACUUACCUAUGGAGGAGAAUAUUGUACCUACGGUGGUAUGAGUGAUCGUGAGUGGCCGUUAGCGUAUGGACCAGUGGAAUCAGCGUAUCGACCACCUCCGCCGUCGCCAACAUCUAGACAUGAUCUACCGGACCUCAUACCAAACUAUCAGUAUGCCGUCGCCAAUGAUCACGGUAAGUGUUCUUUUACUCUUUAUUCUUUUAUAUUAAGACUUUCUUGCCUACGCGAAUUUAUUUAUAUGGACAUACACAUGUUAAAACCUUAUAGUUUUAAUUUAUGCAGUUGUUGA